AUGGGCUCCAGCUCGAAGAAGAAGAAGGAGAAGCAGAAGGAUUUUCAAAAACCCAAGUACAAAGUCGGGAAAACCCAAGCCAAGGCCUCCAAUCACACCGAUACCAGCUUCAAGUCCAAGGCGAUUGUCAUGGGCCAUCAGUCAUUGUCGACAGAGGCCCCUGACGUCGACCAGCUAUUCAAGCACAACCUCUCGUUGGCCUCCUCAUCCAAGUCAGACAAGCAGCGUCGCGAGGCGCUUGCGUAUCUGACCAGUCAGCUGUCUGCCGAUGCUUGUGCGAAUCCGGUUGGAACUCGCGCGCUCCUCAUCAAGCUCCUCCCCUUGGUUUCCGAUAGCUCAACACCCGUGCGAGCUCAACUAUUGAAGCUUCUGCGCACUCUUCCCGAGGAUGAGGUGAAGCAUAGCGUUGAACACGUCAUUGUAUAUCUUCGGGCUGGGAUAACACAUCUGUCAUUGGACAUCAGCAACGACUCCCUGGGCGUCAUGGAGUGGCUGCUCGAUGUGGCCGACGACGAGCUUGUCACUUGCCCCGGCGGAUGGGUCAAGACGCUGAGCACAUUCUGCGCCACCAUGGGCUGGUCCGUGUCUUUGUCCACUGGCGGCUGGACAUCUGGCGCUCGAGCUGGGCUGAAACCUAAAGACGCUCAAAACCUGGCCCGCCAGAUCACGGCAUUAUCAAGAUUCAUCGAGGCUGGCUUCAGAGCGGGAACUACCGAGGGCAGAAAGACGUCUGAGUACUGGGAUAACCUGUACAGAUUGCCUCGAGCUGCGAAUGCCUUUGGAUACCUGAAUCUGACGGACGAGCGACGUGACGAAGAGGGAGAGAUAGGCGUCGAAAGAGCGAAGAAGGAGGGUGGCUCGGCCGGCCGGGCUGCCUCGUCACUGGAUCAAAUACUGCAACAAGGGAUGCGCGACUUUGAACCUUCGACCGCCAUGGACACCCAAGAUCUCCUCGACCUCUGGUGA